CGGCAGUUUCUGUAACGACAGGCGACACCCAGAAAGGUAGUUGUGUUUCGUGGCGACAACAGCAACUACGAUGUCAACAGCAGCGGCGGCGUCUGUGAAUGGCGGCGGCGAUGAGCGCUCGCCACUGAUCCAGCCACGCCAGCAACCACAGCGUGAAGCCAACUCCGGCAUCCUCGAUCCAGAGCUCAUCUUUCGGCGCCGCGUGACGCGAUCGUGGGCCAUUUCUGUGGCGAUUGUGGUGUGCGGCAUCUGCCUUCUUCUCGCCGCCAUCAUCCAAGGCGCCUUCACGCCCGUCUCAUCCAGGCACAAUGUCUCCGACGGCAGCCACCCGUUCACAGUGCGCGUGGUGUACCUGUACAUGUUUGUUGCAGGGCUCGGGGUGAUCUCCAUCAUCUCCGGCACGAACAUGAUGCGGUCCCUCUCGGACGAUUCCCACAGAUCGCGCCGCAAGACGCUCAUGUGGGCUGCCAUUGACUUUCACGGGACGUCAUCGGCCGGGUUGGCGCUGGGCGCCGUGUCCGCCGUCGCUUCUCUCAUUGCCAUUGUCAUCUUCCAAGACUACGACAAAGGCAAAGUGUUUCAGUUCAACAUCAAUGAGACGGUUGGCUGGAUGGUGAUUGGGUCAAUGGUGCUGCUGCUGCUGGGCCUGUUCUCGUCGGCCGAGCUUGACUCGCGUGCGCUGAUGGGCCACUUCACAUAUCGGCACAUGGCCAGCACGCGCGCCGCCGCCGUCAUUCAGGGCUGCUUUGCCCUGCAGGUCCUCGUUAUGGCCAUCCCGCUGUGGGUGACCAGCCAACUGCCCAACGUGCUGCUUGUCGCCGGCAUUGUCGCCACCAUGCUUGCAGGCAUUCUGGGGCUCCUCUCCACGGCGUUCAUUCUCCGCUUCGUCAACGUCGACCGCUGGCCGCGCCGCGCCUGCUUCCGCACGCUCGAGCACGCGUGGGGGCUCUCCGUCGGCGCGCACUGCAUUGGCCUCAUCGCCACGGGCCUGCACGUGUACUUCUCCACGCAGGUCGUGUACCAGUGCCUCUCGGAUGAGCACCCGCAUGAGUUCAGGCCCAACUGCGACGGAAACGCGGGCGUGCUUGGCGGUCUCCUGCCGUACAUCUUCAACGUCGUUGCGCUCGUGAUGAUGGGCAUCACCGCCCUCGUCACCACCGUCCGCAUGGCCACGCUUGCACACGACGCCGCAAUGGGCAAAUUCGCAGAAAGCGACGAGCCAGCACACGUCACCGACCUCGCCAGGGACCUCAGGCCGUUGGGGUAUGGCCGCGUGAGUCAGCGCCUGGCAGAGAUGGACACGGACGAGCUCGCCCGCACGUGCGAAGAGGUCAUCCCGGGCGCCGCGGCACACAUCCAACACGCGCAAAUCUCAGGGUUCAUGCUUGACCUCAUGUUGCGAGGAACGCAGCGGCCGUGGACAGCGUGCGCGGAGACUGUGGCGGUCCUGCAACAGCUUACUGGCAAACCGGACCUCUCGUCCACAGACGCAGCUCGCCUCCUCGCCCACUUUCACGACCAAGCCUGAUCCUCCUCUUGCGUAGCGGGCAAGUGUGUUUGUGUGUGUUUCGUGUGCGUUCGUGUGCGUUCGUGUGCGUUUGUGUGUGUGUGUGUGUUUGUGUGCGUUCGUGUGCGUUAAUGUUUGUUUUGUUUGCUUGGUUUGCUCGGUUCACUUGUCACUUCAGUGUUCUUGCUGUCGAUAGUUCAUACUGCUCGCUUCCACUGUCGCUGUCGCUUCCGCGUUACAAAUCGGUGUUGUUGAGGAUGAGUGAUGUGAUAGCACGGGAAAGCAACCCCUUGUUGCCAAUAGAUUGUUGCGUGUUCCAGUCGGUUUUUGUGUGUGUGUGCGUGUGUGUGCAUUGUGAUGCGCUCUGCCGGGCAAUUAUCCAGUCUCUUCUUAUCGCGAAUCGUCGAUUGAUGAAUUUGAUGGGUUCACACAACCUUCAUGAGGACAACAAACAAACAAGUGAUCAC